CAUUCAUGACGCCAUUAUCGAUCACAUCCAAUAUGGAGCGAAUGAAGUUGAUGCUGUUCAAAUCAAGAUCGAGAUUGCACAGCUCUCUAAGAAAAGUAGGAACGGAAAAACUGGAUUUGAAGAAAAAUUUGAGCGUUUACAAUCAAUCACACCAGAACAUCCUGAAGAACUUUGUGAAGCAGCACUUUUGGAUGAGAACAAGAAGAAAAAUCGUUAUCCUAAAAUAUAUCCAAGGUUAUCUUGGCAAGAAUUACUUCAUUGCAACGCAGAUGCCUUUGAAGGGAACCAUCAACGACUUUUGGAGGAUGGUCACUCAAUAUAAAUGUACGACCAUCGUUUUGCUGGAUCAGCUAACUGAUGAUAACAAGGAAUAUCCAAUGUUUUGGCCCACGAAGAGAGCAACAAGUCGACCUUAUGGAACAUGUACUGUUUUGUUUGAUUCAGUCGUAAAGAAAGAAGACAUUGUCGUCAGAAAGCUCAUUGCCUCUCCAACUUUGGACAUCAAAGAAGGUCAUAUGGUUCAUAUAAUUCAGUAUUUAUCAUGGCCAAAUCAUGGCGUACCUAAAGAUGUUCGCAGUUUGUUGCAUGUCCUUUCAGAAGUCGAAGAAGCCCAAAGAUCCGUGGAGGUUAAAGGACCUGUUGUCGUAGUCUGCAGUGAUGGAGCAGGUAGAUCAGGUACCUAUAUCACCAUUUCUAAUCUUGUGGAUGGAGUUAAAAUCGUCCAAGUCAUCGAUUAUGUUUCAGUGCAUAAAGUUGAUCCGAAGUAGACGCCCACAGUUUGUUGAUACAGCGGAGCAAUUCAAAUUUUGUUACAGUGCAGUGUCAGGCGUGUUGGAGUCCUUUGACGAGUAUUCAAAUUUCACAGAAUUAGCAACGAUUUGAGAACGUUAAACUUUAGUUUACACUCGUAGUUAAAUGUCGGUAUGUAAUAUCUAUAGCGUUUACUAUCGGAUCAAUGUAAAAUACGCUUUAGAUAUUAUAAUAGAGGAAUCAAUUAGAUUUCCUCAAUGUUGCUUUGUUAACCUAGAGCGAAAACCAUUCGUACAAAUAUGUAUUAAGUAGUGAUUGUUGCCUAUUUAAUUUUAAGUAUUUUAUAAGUUUUUAACUACAACGUAUACGACGAGGCUUUAUUGUAUGCGGUGGAAGAUCCACGAAAAAGAAAUAAUUGUAUGUAUUUUAAAAACAGCGGUAUGAUAUCGUCUUAACGACAACGACUUCUUUACAUUGUAUUUAUGUGAUUAUUUUGAACUUUUUUACGACCAACAUGAAUAUUUUUUUUCAAUAUUUGCCGUCCAUCUCAAUGAAAUAUUCUAACUAUAGCCUUUAGAAAAUAAUCAUUUGUUCCUAUAAUAAUAAUACGUAAAAGAAAGA